AUGGCGAGGCCGUACAGUGAAAUCCAACUCUUGGUAAAUAACUUCACUACUAAUGACCAUAAUUGGCAAGGAGAUAGGGACUCACGAAGAGUAAUUAAACAGAAAUCAGCCGGGUUGAUUGAGCUUGAUGACUUCUCAGCCAUGAGAGCUGAUAUAGCAAAAUUGGCAAAUCAGAUGAAUAGAAUGACAAUGCAACAAACACAACAGAUGCAACAUCUCAGGACCGAUCUCAAAAAUCUUGAGAGGCAAAUGGGACAACUUGCCAGUGCCCAAAACACUAGACUAGUUGGAGAUCUUCCAAGCGAUAAUGAAGCUAAUCCCAAGGCAUCCCUUAAUGCCGUGUCAUUGAGGAAUGAAUCAACAUCAGAAAAAUCUAAGGAGCCAGAGAAGCCAGUUGAAGAGGCGGUGGAUGAGCAACCCCUACCAUUGGUUGCAAGGCCACUACCUCCAUUCCCUCAAAGAUUGCAGAAAGUCAAGGAUAACGUCGCGUAUAAAAAGUUUUUCCAUAUUUUGAAGCAGGUGAAAAUUAAUAUUCCAUUGGUUGACAUAUUACAAGAAGUGCCCAAAUAUGCAAUGUACGUCAAGGACAUAGUGGCAAAUAAAAGGAGGCUGACCGAGUUCGAGACUGUGGCACUCACUGAGAAGUGUAGCUCAAGAAUUCAAAGCAAGUUACCUCGGAAAUUAAAGGAUCCAGGUAGUUUCACUAUCCAAAUCUCGAUUGGUAAACAUGCAGUUGGGCGAGCCUUAUGUGAUCUUGGAGCGAGCAUCAAUUUGAUGUCGCUAUCUGUGUUCAGACAAUUGGGGUUGGGUGAGCUACGCCCUACAACAGUAAUCUUACAGUUGUUUGAUCGCUCCCUUGCUCAUCCUGAAGGUGUGAUUGGAGAUGUGUUAUUUCAAAUGGGUUCUUUCAUAUUCCCUGCUGAUUUCAUUAUCCUGGACUACGAGCCUGAUCAGGAAGUCCCAUUUAUUUUGGGGCGUCCAUUCUUAGCCACGUGCCGAGCUAUUAUUGAUGUUUGCGAAGGAAAGAUGACGAUGAGAGUAGAUGAUCGAGUGGAGGUAUUCAAUGUUUAUAAAGCACUCAGGUUGCCAGCCCACUAUGAAGAGUUAUCCCUGAUUUCUGUGGUAGAGAGUGAUGCUACAUCAUUAGUGCCUUAUAUUAGCCCUAUAGAUCCUCUUGAACGAGCUUUGAUUGGGGAUGAAGAAGAUAGUGAAGAUGAAAUGAUGGGAGAAAUUGAGCAAGUACUGGAUAUGUCCUGCAGUUAUGUCUAUGGGUUUGGAAAAUUUGAGGAGUUGGACAGGCCUGUCACUCUGACCCCUCCUAAGCCAUCUAUUGAAGAAGCUCCGAAGCUAGAACUUAAGCCCCUUUCACCGCAUCUGCGCUAUGCUUAUUUGGGGAACUCUGAGACAUUGCCCUUGAUUAUCUCGUCCAACUUGACUAACACUCAAGAAGAAAAUUUGCUCAGAGUACUCCGUGAGCAUAAAAAGGCUAUUGGGUGGACUAUUGCUGACAUCAAGGGAAUUAGUCCAUCGAUUUGCAUGCAUAAAAUCUUCUUGGAGGAUGGACACCGCCCUAGUGUGGAGCAGCAGAGGAGGUUAAAUCCCAUUACGAAAGAAGUGAUGAAAAAGGAAGUAAUCAAGUUGCUCGAUGCAGGUAUCAUCUUUCCUAUUUCUGACAGUAACUGGCUGGGCAUGAAUACUAUUGCUUCCUUGAUGGUUAUUCGGGAUACAAUCAGAUUUUUCUAUGCCCAGAGGAACAGGAGAAGACCGCUUUUACUUGUCCUUAUGGAACUUUCGCCUUCAAGCGAAUGCUGUUUGUCUUUGGGUCUUCCUGAUGAUGAUUGUUUGAAGAAUUUGAGCAAGGUGUUGGCCCGUUGUGAAGAUACAAAUCUAGUAUUGAAUUGGGAAAAAUGCCAUUUUAUGGUACAAGAAGGCAUCGUGUUGGGCCACAGAGUGUCUAGGAACGGCAUUGAAGUUGAUAAGGUGAAGGUGGAGGCGGUUGAAAAAUUACCUCCACCUAUUUCUGUGAAGGGUGUCUGGAGUUCCUUGCGACACGCGGGAUUCUAUCGACGCUUUAUUAAAGAUUUUUCUAAAAUUGCUACUCAUUUGUGCAGGUUGCUUGAAAAAGAUGUAACUUUCAAUUUUGUGGCGCCUGCCUCAAGCAUCCGAACAACUCAAAAAGAAGUUGUGUUAGGCCAGAGGAAGGAAAAGGUGUUUUAUUCCAUCUACUGUGCGAGUAAGACUCUUGAUGAUGCACAGCUGAAUUACACCACCACUGAAAAGGAGUUGUUAGCUGUUGUGUGGGCCUUUGAAAAAUUUUGGGCAUACUUGGAAUUCAAUGUAGAAAUAAGAGACCGAAAGGGGACAGAGAACCAAGUAGCUGACCAUCUAUCGAGGCUGGAAAAUCACGAUCACGUGGAGGAGGGUGGCCAAAUUAAAGAAGUAUUUCCUGAUGAGCAGCUUGUUGCUAUCACCCAAGACCCUCCCCAUGCUAGAAAGAGGUUUCUCCAUUAUGUGAACUUCUACUAUUGGGAUGAACCACAUUUGUACAAGCAAUGUGCUGAUCAGUUGAUGAGGAGAUGUAUUCCUGAAAAUGAGGUAGAAUUAGUGUUGUAUGAUUGUCAUGCAUCACCUUAUGGGGGCCAUCAUAGAGGAGAUAGAACAGCUGCAAAGGUGGAGGUAAUUGCAUUGCCUACAAAUGAUGCCAUGGUGGUAGUUGCGUUUGUGAAAAAGAACAUAUUUUUGAGGUUUGGGACUCCACGUGCCAUAAUUAGUGAUGAGGGAACUCAUUGUUGCAAUCAGUUGUUGAAUAACCUUUUAGCUAAAUAUGGAGUCCACCAUAGAGUUGCUACAACAAAUCAUCCUCAAACAAGUGGGCAAGCUGAGGUAUCAAACAGAGAAAUAAAGCAAAUAUUAGAGAAGAUGGUGAGUGUGAAUAGGAAGGAUUGGGCUGCAAAGUUAGAUGAUGCCUUAUGGGCAUACAUAACCGCAUACAAAACGCCAAUUGGGGCGUCACCGUACAAGUUAGUUUAUGGGAAGGCAUGUCAGUUGCCCGUUCAACUUGAACACAAAGCAUAUUGGGCCAUUAAGAAGUUGAACAUGGACCUUGAAGCCGCGGGCGAGAAAAGACUUUUGAUAUUAUGGCUCGUGAUAGUUCUAGCAAAGGCAAGGGCAUUAGAAAGUCCUCCACCACUUCCCCGGCGCCCAAAAAGCGAAAGUAGGGAGAAAGCUCUUCACGGCAAUCCAAAGGAAAAUAGGUUGCCGAGGGAUCUCAGCAGGCUCCAUUGA